AUGAUUCGUCUAGCCAUUAUUUUCAUUAUCUGGGAGCGACAUCAUUAUGACAGAUCCACUCUAUCCAUGUUAAGUGACUUGUAUCACCAAAAGAUCAACUUUCCUGCCUACUAUAACUUUAAAGAGCAAUGGCUAUCAAUAAUAACAGAAAAGAAGGUAGAAAUCUGGCAUUCAUUGUUACGAAAUCACAUUUCAACACACUACAGUGGUGAUGAGAUACAUGACACAGCAAUUUCUCUGGCUGCUUCUGACACUGCUAGGAAAUUUCAUUCGUCCUUUGUGAGGCCAUACACCAGAGGUCAAUCGGAAAAAAACAUGAAACUUGUGGCAGGUAAUGUGUUUCACAACUGCAAGGGACAACUGUAUCUAGCUUUAUUAUUCUCUUUUCAAAAGAAAAGUGAUACAUUUUUUAAAGAAUUAAUCAACUACAACUUUCUCUUUAGUCUUAUUUCCAAUUUAUUCCAGAAAAGACAUUGUUUAAAACUAAGUUGAAGAAAAACCAAUCACCCAUUAACCCAACUUUGAACUUUACCUUAAGAAUGACAUUGACAGUGGAAGUCUUAGAUCUUAAUGCAGGCAGUGACAAUGAAAUUGCUUCCUCAUUGUUUUUAAUGUAACAUUAUUUAAGAUAUUUAAUGCUGUUUGUAUAUUCUAGUGUUGCCUCUUGAAAACCAAUUUUGCAGAUAUUAAUGGAGCUUCAUUUAAAAAUUUCCAUAGUCUUACUCUCUCCUAGAAACUCUUGACCAAUGAUUUGGUAGAUACACGGUAACAUGCAGAUAUUUUACAGUGUAUGAGUUGCAUAGUCCUUUUUUAAACCCCACAAAAACACAAACACAAAGAUACAGGUUGCUGUCAUUCUAGACCAUGGUCACAAAUUUAUACUGAAAAAAAACUUGCAUGGCCAUAGAUACGUAUUGUCUUGAUUUGCCUCACUUAAUGUGAACUUAUAAAACUUGUACAGGCAAAGUUGCUGAGGUGCUUUUGAAAUUAUUCCAGGAUGUUGCUCAAAAUAUUGGAAAGUCUAAGAAGGUAAGUAUCUGCAUCAUUUUGUAACUCUACACAUAAAUCUUCUUGUUUGAAUUGAAUAGAUGAAACCGAAGCUAUUUAGAUUUCAACGGAUAAGCCACAUAAAUGUCACCUCAUCAAUACCUAAGCCAACACUGUCAAGCACACAGGUGAAGAAAAUGGAUGAUGAAAGCUCACCUUAAAGAAGCAGCAAACUAACAAGGCUAACUCUCAAUAUUACAAAAUAAAAGAAGUGAAAAAAUUAUUAUUAACAGUUCAUAUUUUAUCCUUCAGCUAAAAAAAACAUGGCAAACCUAAUGAAAAUGUGAUAAAGUUAAAUAAAAUUAAUACUGUUCUCCUAUGAAGAUUAAUGGAGGAAUCAUUAAAGCUUGACUAUCACUGUCUUAUUCUUAAUAUUCCUUAAAACUAUCUUCUGUGUUUGACAGAAACAUUAUUUUUGUUACACAGGUCACAGACAACCCUUCCAGUCAAAGUCAAAACAAAAGACAAAAAUUCCAUCUUCAAACAUUCAAUGAAAUUGUUGAUACAAAGUCUCUUCCUCUUUCGCAGACAAACAUCUGGAUAGCAACCCACAGUAUCCAAAUCCAGCCAUUUUAUGCGACUACAGCAACUGUGCUGUAACUCAAGACACUGACCAAUUUGUAAGACUAGCUUGCUGCCACACUUUCCACCAAGAAUGUUACCUUCGAAAUAACUCUAACUGUCCAAUCUGUACUAAGCCUCUGUUAAAGAAAGUAGCCAUGCUGGCUGAUACUUUUAAUCUCAGUUUACUAACACCUACUAAAUCGUCGUCAUCAACUACCAAUGCAGAAACAUCCAACUUAUCCUCUGAAGAGCCUGACACAGAAUUAACUCCUAACAAUUCAAGACAACCUAUUUUCUAUGAAUCCGAUGAAUGGGAACAGUUUGUAGAUCAUGCUUUAGCUAAUGUCACUGUCCCACAACCUCCAAGUUUAAGAGUACAAGGACAACAACAAGAAUGUCAACAGCAACAUCCAAAGCAGCCACACUGCCAAGACCAAGGAGUCAAUCACCAAGCGCAACAAGCAAAUCAAAACAUCAGCAUCACAUCAGUGAACAGUGCAGGCAGCAAAUUCCUUUUUUUUCCA